GCCCUGUUCCGUGCUCAGCCAACAGGAGAAGCAGCGGGCCGGUGCCGCUGUGCCGAGAUCUGGGACUCAGAUGGACCAAUGGCUGUGCUGAAGCGCAUCGGGACCUUCCUGCUCUUCGUCGGGGCUCCAGUGGCUGCAGGAGCCGCAGCAUCGGCCUAUCGCGAGGCCAACUUGCCGCCACGAGGCCCCUACCAAAAUGUCAAGGAUCUCAAAGACGCCAUCGUCGUCGUGACGGGCGCCAACACGGGCAUCGGCAAGGCCGCCGUCCACCAGCUGGCGCAAAGGGGCUGCCACGUCAUCAUGGCAUGCCGCGAUGUCGAAGCGGGGCGCAGGGCGAGAAUGGACAUCGAGCAGGCCCUGGCCAACCCAGACUCGGUCCACAUAGAGGUCAUCAGGUGCGACCUGGCGGACCUGCACUCGAUCAGGCACUUCGUCGAUGAGGUGUCCACGCGGUACCACCGGAUCUACGCCUUGGUCAACAACGCGGGCUGCAUCCAGUACCACCCGACGCGGACGAGGGACGGCGCCGACCCGACUCUGUACGUCAACUUCCUGGGCCCGGCCCUGCUGACGGAGCUGAUGCUGCCCUGCCUCAGGCGGGCUGGCACACAGGAGAGGAAAAGCCGAGUGGUGCACGUCAACUCCAGGUAGGUACGUGAGGGACGGAUGAAGGAGAAAGGAGAAAGGACGAAGGGCAUACACAACCAACAGGGAGGCAGACAUUUCAUUUGUCGACCGACCGACUUGUUUUGGAUGUUUUGACUGCAUGCAGGUUGCAGUACAUCAGCCAGCUGGAUGCGACGGCCAUCCAGCAGCUGAUGAAGCGGCGCACCUCCUACAUGCCCACAGAUGUCAUCCGGGAACUCGCAAAGGCCGAGCACGAGGCCGCCGCGUCCUACAGCACCCAGCCGCAGCCCACUCAACGAGACUACGCCAGCUACUAUGGCGUCCACCGAGACGAUGACGACCGACCCGCAGAGCCCGACCUCCCCCCUCUGCACAGCCGACUCAUGGCGCGCUUCCGGCGGUAUGGGGAGGCGCUUCAGGGCUAUGCAGAGAAGGCGUAUGGCGUGGCGUCGACAGGGGUGAGGGACUCGCUGCGGAUGGUGGGUGCCAAGGCUGAGGGCGAGGAGGGGCUGCGGGGUGUGGGGAAGCAGCGGUGGAACAGCUCGGCUGCAUACGCCAACUCCAAGCUGCUGCAGAUGAUGCACUGCAAGGAAAUGGCCAAGCGGUUCAGAGAGGAAGGGGCGCCCAUCACAUGUGCGUCUGCGAGAGAGGGGAAUGAAUGAACAGCGCAGCAAUCGAUGUGUGUGUGUGUGUGUGUGUGUACGUAUGGUGCUUCCUUCCCCUCAGGCAAUGCGGUGACGCCCGGGAUGGUCAACACGGAUCUGUUCCGGUCCUACCCCAUGGCAGUCCGCGUCCUCACCGCCCCCAUACGCAGAAUGUUCAUGAGGUCAGCCAUCCCCUCAACCACCCAACCAGAGAGGGAAAUGCCUGGAUGAAUGGCCGUCUUCAUGUCGUGUGCAGGACGCCAUCUGAGGGUGCGGAGCUGCUCACGUGGGCCGUCACGAGCGAGGAGCUCAACGACAGCAACGGCGAGUUCUUCGCUGACCGGAAGGUACCCAAGGGGGCAUGCAUCUGGACGGCGAUCGAGACACGUGUCUGUGUUUGGCUGUGUGUGUCAGGCCGUGCGGGUGAAUGAUGCUGCGAAGGAUGAGUUCCUCGUGGACAUGGUGGCGUCGCUGUGGAGGCAGACCGCGAGACAGAUGUUUGUGCUGGCCGAUGAGGCGGGCUAGUGUUGGAUGGGGGAAGAAGCAGACAGGCUCGGCCCCGUGUUGGUUUCGUGUGUGACAUAGGACAUUUAGUGUAUUGGGACGUGCGUGUGGAUUGUAUGGCAGUCGAUGGCUGUGCUUGUGCUCACCUGUCUGACGGGCUCGGCAAACAGAGUGCACCGUCUCACCGCGGUGGCUCUUGUUUGUGGAACUCAUCGCGCAGGCCAGUACAAGCGUAGUCCAUCAGACUGAUGCCAAGAAAGACUCAUCGCUUCAUUCGACCAGUAAAAUGAUCCCGCACAUGAAUGACUCUAG